AUGUCAGGCCAACAAACCCGCCAAUGGAUCCUCUCCAAUCCUCCCCAAAACGACCCCGUCCUCGAGGGCUCUGACGCCACCUUCAAACUCGAAACCGUCACGCUCCCUGCCCCAGGAAAAGACCAAGCCCUCGUCAAAACCCUCUACCUCUCCAACGACCCUGCGCAACGCGGCUGGAUCCAAAAGGGCCAGGACCCAGAGCGCCUGUACGUCCCGCCCGUCCAGGCCGGCGAGGUCAUGCGCGCCUUUGCCGUCGCCGAAGUCGUAGAGUCCAGCUCCGACAGCUUGAAGAAGGGCCAAUUGGUCAUGGCACCGACGGGAUGGACCGAGUACGCCGUCAUGGACGUCAAGGAACUACGACCCGUCCAGGCAGAUGAAGCCUCUGGCAUCCGCGCUACACAUUUCCUCGGUACCCUCGGCGGUACUGGUCUGACCGCAUACAACGGCCUCAUCGAUGUCGCACACGCAACCAAAGACGAUGUCGUCGUCGUGUCCGGCGCGGCGGGCGCGACCGGCUCGAUUGUCGUGCAACUCGCCAAGAACGUCAUCGGGUGCAAGAAGGUUAUUGGCAUUGCAGGCGGCGCGAAGAAGUGCAAGUGGGUGGAGUCUCUCGGCGCCGAUAUCUGCGUCGACUACAAAUCCCCCUCUUUCAAGGAGGAUCUUCUCAAGGCUACCGAGGGCUACGUACAAGUCUACUUCGACAACGUCGGCGGCGAAAUCCUUGACUUGAUGCUCACGCGCAUCGCGCGGCACGGACGCAUCGCGGCGUGCGGCAGCGUCGCCACCUACAACGCGCCGGGCUCGCAGGGUUUGAAGAAUUGGUUCGAGGUGAUUGCGAACAGGAUUGAGAUUAAGGGGUUCAUUGUGAUUGAUGCGAUUGCGGCAGGGAAGGCGGCUGGGUGGGUGGGUGAGUUGGCGAAGGCGGCAAAGGAGGGGAAGAUCCAGAUGGGAGAGGAGACGGAGACGGUGGUGAAGACAAAGUUUGAGGAUGUGCCGAAGACGUGGACGAUGUUGUUUGAGGGGGCGAACACGGGGAAGUUGGUUACGGCUAUCACGGCUUAGAUGUGGGGUUGGAUGAAUGAAUUGAAAUGGAUGAUGAGUCUAGAGUGACAUAUAGAAUUACUUGCAUCGUUCCGCUA